UCUGGUCCUCAUCAUGAAGGUAGCCUACAUCAAGGUGUUGCUUGUUUAGGAGACGCGGGGGUCCACGCAUUGUCUUCAGGUUCCCACUCACUCGUGAACGCGUGUACGUGAGGGUAUCGCGGAGGUCCUCUUUGUUUUACUCGCGCUCUUUGGAAGACUCUGCUGUGAGGGUGUUUUCUUGAGACUUGAGGAAGGUUUUAGGCCCGCUCUGGUCUCAGAAUGGAAGGAAACCGAGCGUGCGGAUUUCAUUCAGCUCAACAUGGGUUCAGUUUUACACCAGGACUAUCAAGCAGAAAGAGGCUGUACGAAAGCAGAGGAGGAGGAGGGGCAGGCCGCAGAGGAAGACCCCCAGGCCUACCACGGCGAGGGUGUGUGCAAGUGGUUCAAUGUUCGGAUGGGUUUCGGGUUCCUGUCCAUGAGCACAAGAGAUGGUGUGCCUUUAGAAAGUCCAGUCGACGUGUUUGUUCAUCAGAGUAAACUGCACAUGGAGGGUUUCCGCAGUCUGAAGGAGGGUGAGGCUGUUGAAUUCACAUUCAAGAAGUCCUCCAAGGGUCUUGAGUCUCUGCGGGUGACGGGUCCUGGAGGAGCUCACUGUCUGGGCAGUGAGAGGAGACCCAAAGGCAAGAGUGUCCAGAAACGCCGGGCCAAAGGAGACAGGUGUUAUAAUUGUGGCGGUCUGGACCACCAUGCCAAAGAGUGCAAGUUGCCUCCCCAACCCAAAAGAUGCCAUUUCUGCCAAAGUGUCGCGCACAUGGUCGCCAACUGCCCCGCCAAAGCCCAGCAGUCGUCUCAGGGGUCUCAGGAAAAGUCUAGUGGUGUCAAAGAGGAGAAAGCGGAGCACAGUCAUUCCCCGCCACCCACCGGGAGCACCGACUGAGAUCGCAGAGGACGGUGGGACCACGCUUGAAAACCAAUCAUAUCACUAUACUGGAAAAAACAAAAACAAAUGCUAAUGCUGCUGUUGGAACUCCCUCAGGUCUAUAAAAGCAACAGAUGAGAAGAAUGUAACUUUUUUAUUGGUUUAACGCUCAGGAAUAGAGCUGCUCUCAGGAAUUUCAGUACAAUGUUUGGUGUAUUUACAGAAGUAGUUAUUUCAUAUCUCAUUAAAGGGACGUUUACACGACAACGAUGGACUUAAAAUGGAAAUGUUUUCCUUUGUGGUUUUUCUUUUUAAGUUCCCCGUUUACACUAAUCUAGGUAAAAGACUGAAAGUGCUGUAUUAUACAUGCCCGGCCAGUAGUUGGCGAUGUCACUUUGUAGAGAAACAUUAUGCACCUGCACACAUAUGCAUUCUUACAUACUCAUGCAUUCCUUCAGAUUGAACAUGUUAUAAAAUUUGCAUUGUAAAUUCAUGUUUUUGUAGUUUACACAGAGACAACAAUGGUAUCAUUUUAAAAAAUGUGCUAUUUGAUACCUGUUUUCAAAUGUUUGCAUUUUCAGUCCCCAUUUUAACGAACGGCCAAAACGCAUAAAAUGUUUCCAUUUUUAGUUGAAAACGUCAUCGUGUAAACAGCCCUUAGGUGAUUUUUAAAAGUGUUUUCUCUACUGAGCUCGUCUAGAGUUGCCGCAAGGAAUAUACUCUUAUUCUUACAGAUUAUUGACUGAUUGAUGCAUUUGAAUGUUUGUUGUAUUUCGUGAUGCUUUUAUGAAAAUGUGUUGGUGGUGUUUUGGGGUGGGUUUGAGUUGGGGAUUUGGCAACUGCCAGUUUUGCUAUAGACUCUCCUGAUCACUAUAGGGACCAAAUGAAUGUUAAACCGCUGACCUGGUUCUCUCAACCAGCAGCUCAUUUUACACGUGUCCAGAUCUGCCAUUAGUGAUCUGCGGUUAUCUUCAAACAAUUACUUAAUCUAUUAGACUUGAAAGUACAUAAUCAAUCACACUUUUAUCUCUAAGCUUCAGUCUACAGUCAAAUCUUGGCUUGGUAUUUGCUAUCUCGUCUUAAAUGCUGCUGAUCUGUGUGUCUGCUAGCAAUAUAUUUUGUUAUUUGUCUUUGACAGUUGGCCCUCAGGGGUUUCUUGGAGCAAGAUAGAGAGAAAUAAGUUAUUCUUUUGAACAGAUGUUGCCCAUUCCUGCGUCGAUAGUGAAGUCAUUGGCUCCUAGCUGCCUGUAUUGUUUGGAAUAUUUAACAGCCUUUUACUCCCAUUUUACAGGAGAGCUGAAAGACUUUAUGACAUAUUUAAUAUAUAUAUAUAUAUACAUAUAUAUGCAUACUGCUUAUGUAAACCUUUUAUUAGCCUUUACCCAUAGUAUUUAUUUAUAGCAAAGUGCUCUGCAUCUUCUCCACAAUGUAAAAGAGACUCAGACUCCUACCUCAAGUAUCUCAGAAUUAUUUCCUAAAAUACCUCAACCAUAAUGUGCCACGAAUCAGCUGACAUCGAUGAAUUGUGUGUGUUUGUGUUUUAUUACAUCAUGGAGCAUUGUGAUCUCUCUCUGUCUGUGCUGAAGUCUGCACUGCUCUCUGCCUCGUCUUACAGAUAUGCUUUAUUUUUCAGUCGCUAUUUGACCUGUAAAUGCCUUUUACUUCAGUGUUGAAUCAUGACUGAACUCAGGAAUGUCAGAUUACUCAAGGAGUGUGAGGAAGACACGAUUUGUGACACGAAUUGUAUUAUUCUAUUAUAGUUCCAUACCAUCAUAAUCAUUCUAAUUACUGACUCUUCGAGAUCUGUGGAUCAAACAGGAAUGUAUAUUCUAUCUAGAAUGUUGUGGUUGCCUCUUACAUAAACUGGAAACAUUUCCGAUAUCUAAUCCAUUCCUUUAUGCAAUAAUAUUUAAGUUCAUGUUUCGUUGUAUUUAAUAAAGAAGGAAUCAUAUGAAGUUUUGCACCGUUUAGAUGUGUUCAUGCUGUUUUUGACUAUCCUGUUGAACUUGGAAAUCACUUCUUGAACAUUUGAAUGUAAUGUGAGGUUUUGCAAUGGUUUUGUCAUCUAAUAAAUUUAGUGGGAUAUAAGAAAAAGACCGGCUAUGACGACU